AGCACAAAACAAUCACUAUUGAUCAUUUGAGAAUUGCGUUUGUACAUUUUUCUUUCUUUUGUUUUCCAUCCACAUUUGGUUAUUCACAUUUUGGAUUUUUUCCGGUGCAGAAACAUUGUUGUUUCUUUUUUCAUUUGAUAAAAAAAUCAAAACAAUGUCCACUAUCGAUACCGAAAACGAUAUCAAAGUGAUGGACGAUACAAAUAAUAAUAAUAUUGAGCGAAAAAAACGUAAUGUUCGAAUACAAUUUGAUCUGGCUAACGAUGAUGAUAAUGAUAAUGAUAAUGGUGAACAACAACAAAUCAUCAAUGAUGAUAAUCGACGACGACGACGAUCUAACGAUGAUAAUGUCCAUCAUGAUCAUCAAAAAAGUGGUUGGGCCAAAUUUCGAUUUAGUUUGAAGAAAAAACAAGUAAAUAAAAACCAUUCCAAACAACAACAACCAAAUCAAUCAACAGAAAUUAUUGCAAAGAAUAAAUUUGAUGAAAAAUCAAUUCGAAAACAAAAAUUAAAACUAAUCAAAUAUUUAUCAACUGAAGAACCGAUUAUGAAAAAUAUUAAUAUUGAUGAUUAUGAACGUCGUUUAUUAACGGCCCAACAACAACAACAACAAUCAUCAUCAUCGAACAAUGAAGUAAAUAAUAUUGAUGUAAAUAAAUAUUUUCGUAUACCGGAAUCAAAAAUUAAUGAUAAAUUAUGGCGUAUUCCAUAUCAUUUUGCAACCGAUGAUGAUGGAAUGAUAUCGGAUUCAGAAAUGCGUUAUAUACAAGCAGUAAGUAAUCGUCGACGACAAUCAUUAGUACCACCAACAUUUGGUGGUGGUAGUGAUCCACUUCAAUUUCGUCGACAAAGUUUUGGUGGUGGACAAUUAUGGUCAUUUGAAGCUGAACGACAACAACAACGUGAAUGUUAUCAGGAUAAAAUUGCUUUGAUUAAUCCUGAACAUCGACAACGACGACAACAAGAAUUUAACCGUUUGAAUUCGAUGGCAACACAAUCAUCGAUUGUUUCCACCAUCACCACUGCAGCAUCAGACACGGAUGAUGAUGAUAAUUAUUCUGUAAACAACGACGACGAUGAUAAUGAGGAAUCAAUGGAAUUUGAUCCAGAAUCCGAUCAACAAAUCAUUCUAUUUGCAAAUGAAUUAUCAAUUAUGAUAAGAAAAUAUUUUAAUUCAAUCAAAUCAUCGGAAAUUAUUCAUUUUAUUUUGAAUAUUACUAAUGCAAUGGUGAGUUUAUUUCAUUUUCAAAAUCGUAUUGUACGUUUAAUUGCAACAAAUAUUCUGAACAAUCAUCAAUUAGAACAACGUGUUCGAUCGAUAUUAUUUUUUAUUCGUGUUAUACGACAUUUGCAAACAUUAAAUAAUUGGUUGGCGAUAAAUUUGGUAACAAAAAGUCUUCAAUGUCCACCUGUUGUUCGUUUGAAAGAUACAUGGCGUAAAAUAACAUUUAAUCAUCCAGAAGAUUAUUGUAAUUUUAUACAAAUAUCUGAAGAUUUAGAAUCAGGUAAUCAAUGGCUGGCAUAUGAAUCCGGACAACGUUUUUUACCAAUAUUUGAUGAUACAAUCGAAAUGAUUAAAGAACAUUGUGGUCUGAUGAUUGUACAAUUAAAACAACAUCGUUUUCAUCAAUCAUGGCAUAAUCAU